CAGCUACCCACUGCACUGUUUCCAAGAGCGCAGCGUCGCACAAUGACACUUCACUGGACUUAAGAAAUAAGGAUUUCCGUCUUUUACGCACUAAACUGACGCGCGUCUUUACCAAGAAAAAAAGUUUGCCAAAAGUUAUCCUCUGGGUUUCUCAAGAUGCCACGCUCUUUUCUGGUCAAGAAACACAUAAACUCCGCAAAGAAGCCAAAUUAUAGUGAGCUGGAAAGCCCAACAGUGUUCAUCACGCCGCACUUCUACAAGGGCCUGCCCCUGUCUGUCAUCCCCCAGCCGGAGAUCCUGAGCCCGGCGGCGUACAGCCCCAUCACCGUGUGGACUACCAGCAACUUGCCGCUGUCUCCGCUCCCCAGUGACCUGUCCCCCAUCUCCGGAUACCCCUCAUCGCUCUCCGACACCUCCUCUAAAGACCACAGCGGCUCCGAAAGCCCGAGGAGUGAUGAAGACGAGCGGAUGCUGCCCAAGCUGACAGACCCUCACGGAGUGGAGGCUGAGAAAUUCCAAUGUAGUUUGUGUAGCAAAUCCUACUCCACGUACUCUGGACUGCUCAAGCACAAACAGCUGCACUGCGACGCCCAAACGAGGAAAUCCUUCAGUUGUAAAUACUGCGAGAAGGAGUACGUCAGUCUGGGAGCUCUCAAAAUGCACAUCAGGACUCACACCUUGCCUUGUGUUUGCAAAAUAUGCGGGAAAGCUUUCUCCAGACCGUGGCUGCUCCAAGGACACAUCAGGACGCACACCGGAGAGAAGCCCUUCUCCUGCCCGCACUGCAACAGGGCAUUUGCAGACAGGUCCAAUCUCAGGGCUCAUCUACAGACCCAUUCGGAUGUGAAAAAAUACCAAUGCAAGAACUGCUCCAAAACCUUCUCCAGGAUGUCUCUUCUGCACAAGCAUGAGGAAUCUGGUUGUUGUGUAGCACACUGAACUGGGAUACCUUUCCACCACCCGAAAACCACCCCUGCUCUGUUACUUCUUUAUUUUUCCUAAACCCAGGAGAACUGUCAGGGAAUCACACCGAGGGGGUUUGUUCACAAAUAUUCAGACUUUUUUUUCCUUCUGCUACCGGUCGAUUUCAUUUCAGAGUGAGAAAUAGCUCAGCGCUCACACGCUUCUCGUUUCAAGCAGUGUUUCUGUGAUUGCAAUCAGUGUCGAGCUUUGUCAAACCAUGUACUCACCUACCUGUGCUAUUCAUGCACUUUUCUGCAUGUCUAGAAAGUUUUGUAUGCCUUCACGAUGUUAUCUUCAGUGUUUGUACCAGUGUCUCUCAAUGGCUGUUAUGCAGUCCCCCACUUUUUUUAUACCAAAAGGUGCAUUAUGAAUGGCAGUAUAAUUAUAACCAGUGGAAUACUGAAGCCAUUGUUACAUAGGGAACAAGUGCAAACUUUAGAUUUAGGGUGAAAUUAUUAUAACUUUUGCACAGUCUUUAGAAACAGUUUGCCAGCACUCAAAUAGCAAUACAAAUUCUCUCAAGUGCCUCAGUUUUACUCGGCAAUAGUAUGUAUUUUUCAACAACAGGUUCUUUUUAUAUUUUUAUAUAUUGAAUGUAAGUGUGACUGAGAUGAUUGUAUAUUAACAGUGAAAACUGUGAUGCUGAAUGAUUUUGAUAUUUUCCUAUUUUCAUGACACUUUAAAAAAUAAAGUUUCAUGACAUUUUGUAUAA